UAUAAAGGACUCAUGUCUCAUAGUCAUAGUCAUGACCAAUUUAAGAUUAAUUCACUCAACGCCACAUAUAUAGUGGUAUCUGUGUUGAGGUAACUGUUAGUGGAAGUACUAGGAAUGGCGAAAGUGGGUAGAAUGAAGUUGGGUUCAGAAGGGUUAAAGGUGUCUGUGCAAGGACUUGGGUGCAUGGGCAUGUCUGCAUUCUAUGGUCCUCCUAAGCCUCAAUCUGAUAUGAUUGCUCUUGUCCACCACGCUGUCCAAAGUGGUGUCACUUUUCUCGACACUUCUGAUAUCUAUGGCCCUCACACCAACGAAGUCCUUCUAGGAAAGGCUCUGGAGGGAGGGGUGAGGGAGAAGGUUGAAUUGGCUACCAAGUUUGGAAUCAACCUUGCUGAUGGGAAAAGAGAGAUUCGUGGUGAUCCUACAUAUGUGAGGGCUGCUUGUGAGGGAAGCUUAAAGAGACUUGGUAUCGAUUGCAUCGAUCUCUAUUACCAACAUCGUAUUGAUACUCGUGUGCCAAUUGAAGUCACGAUUGGAGAGCUUAAAAAACUUAUUGAGGAGGGAAAAAUAAAAUAUAUUGGUCUGUCUGAGGCCUCAGCUUCAACAAUCAGAAGAGCACAUGCAGUUCAUCCAAUAACAGCCGUGCAGUUGGAGUGGUCUCUAUGGUCAAGAGAUGUGGAGGAAGAUAUAAUUCCAACUUGCAGGGAACUUGGUAUUGGAAUUGUUGCAUAUAGUCCUCUUGGGCGAGGAUUCUUUUCAUCGGGAACAAAGCUGCUAGAGAAUUUGUCUCCGGAUGAUUACCGGCAGACUCUACCAAGAUUCAAACCUGAAAACGUUGAGCAGAAUAAUACUAUAUUUGAGAGGGUUACUGAAAUGGCUGCAAGAAAGGGAUGUACUCCAUCUCAACUUGCCCUGGCCUGGGUUCAUCACCAAGGAAAAGACGUGUGCCCUAUACCUGGAACAACCAAAAUUGAGAACUUUAAUCAAAACAUUGGGGCUUUGUCUGUUAAACUAACACCAGAAGAAAUGGCAGAACUUGAGUCCUUUGCUGCUGCAGAUGUUGUCAAGGGUGGUAGAUACGCGGAAGAGGUAGCUACAUGGAAGGAAUCUGAUACUCCACCACUUUCAUCUUGGAAAGCUGCUUAAUGAAGUGCAUUGCUUAAUGCUUGUACUAUUGUAAGCUUGUACUAGUGUACCUUAGACAUUAGCUAUUUAAAAGGAAUUUUGUUGUUUCCACCCUUCUAGUUUCUAGCUGUUGGUGUGUCUUUUUAAGUGGUUUGAAGUUUGAACUGUGCUAGAUGAUUACAUAUAUGUGUUUGUGUAUUUGUCUAAAUAAGAACAGGCUAUGGCAUGACUUAAGUGUCAUGGUUAUUGCCUUGGCAUGUUUGACCAAGUGAUAUGUAUCUUGUGUAUCUUUUUGAGUACCGUGGUAGUGAGUUUAUAUAUCUUCACGAUUA